AUGCGGGGACCGUCCGCGGUCGGCCCAGUCGGCGCACCCUCGCGCGUGUACGCGUUCAGGACGCUGUUUGACGGAGGGCCGUGGGCGGAGGUCACAUUGCCUGCCCCGUUCGUCACUCGCUUGUGCCCAGAUUAUCGCUCGCUCGCCGGGCGAGAAGAGGAUACGCCUUGCUGCGUUCUAUGCAUCAGCCCACGUCGCCUCGUGGGCAGCAGAUCCACAUCGGAUAGCGUCGGCGGGACCCACACCUCUCCGUGCGCACGGGCUAGGAUGCAUGAACUUUCCGUGCACUUCCAAUGCGUUGAGUUCUGCACCGCGACAUCACCUCCUCGGGCUCAGCGCAACUGCGACUGCAAGGUUCGCGCCUCGACGAUCUCGCGCGCUUCGUUCUUUCUUCUUUCGGGUCAAAUCGGCUGGACGCGGACGCGGGGCCGCACGAACGCGUACAUUCGGCCAAGGAUGACCUCAGAAGACGAGAGAAGACAGACGAAGACAGGGUUGGCGCAGCGCGCGCUGCGCACCGCGGAAUUGGAUAGAAUCGAAUUGGCUGGAUUUGCGGGGCUAGGCGAAGGCGCCCGCCAAGCGGGUGCCCCUGGGGUGGGGGCUUCGACAGGCUUCGACGCCCGCCACGGUCUGAGAGACGAAGACUGCGACGCGCGCUGCACGUGGAUGAGGUGCGCCGACGGAGUGGCCGACCGGCGGCCGCGCGCACGUGACGAAUGGAGAGGCGUGAGGCCAUCUGAGAGUGGCCCCGAGGGAGGGGUAGCCGGCGUGCGCUGGGACGUACUGUCCAGAAGCGCGCGCGAGUGCGACGACGGACGAGACGCUGCAGCGGAGUUCCAUAUGUCAGGAUCAAUAUCGGCUUCUCUGGGCGUAAUGCUUAGGGACAGGGAGAUCAUGGGACAGCGCCGUGGCGCUGCUGGCUCGGUCCCGGUGUUCGUGUUCGGACAGUGA